AUGAUGUUGACUUCAUUCCUUUCUAGAAGAAUUACCCAAGGAAGGGUUCCUGCCCGUCAUCUGAGUACCUAUGCAUCGUUUUACUACUUGGAAAAUCUUCCAUUGUAUCAAACAACCAAACCCUAUCACAUAAACAUUCCUCACUGGGCACUUCCUCCGGGUCAGCAGUGCAACGAGGUAUCGGUCCCUUACACGGGAAUUUCCGUGACGGGCAUACGGUCACGCCAGGAUGAGUUCAAACUGGAUGUUCAGGGCUUCCAAGUUGCCCACGAGGAGAUACGUGGGCCAAACUCUCUCUUCGACUGUAUUUCAUUGGAGGAGUAUUAUGAUAUGCAAAAGGUGAAAACACACGUAAUACCAGCGGUGCAAAGCUUUUUGAAGAGGAAGAUUCAAGGAGCAGAGGCCGUGUUGCCCAUUUCGUCACAGAUUCGUCGUCGUGACGCUCAAUUCCCAACCUUGCCCCGAGGCACAGAUGCCAUGACCCCUCAACCUGUUCAGGGGGUACAUGUCGACUUUACUCCGGAUAGUAUAAGAGCAGAGAUACAAGACACACUUGCGGAAGGUGGCUAUUCCGAUCUGAGUGGCAGAAGAUGGCAGGUUCUAAGUGUUUGGAGGCCACUUUUCGGACCGCUGCGCGACUGGCCUCUGGCAAUGCUCGAUUACAGAUCAUUGGACAAGGAAAAUGAUUUGGUUGCGUCCGACAAUAUAUACACUCAUGCCAUUCGCGAAACAUACAAUGUUCUCUACAACGAAAGCCACAAGUGGUAUUAUCUGGAGGAUCAACGGCCAGACGAAGUUCUAAUUUUCAAGACGUUUGACUCGCUUGCAACCAAGGGAAACGCAAGAGGUAACUGA